AUGCAGGAUAUCAAUAAACUGCUCAUCGAGAAUAUUCUACCAAGCAGUGUCGCGUGUAAAUUCCUGGCGCCGGAUAGACCAGUCAAUGAAUUGUAUGCACGUCAGCAUGAGAACGUUUGUGUGAUGUUCGCUUCCAUACCAAAUUUCAAAGAUUUCUGGAGCCAGUGGGACACUAGUCGGAAGCUGGAAUGCUUACGACUUCUAAACGAAAUCGUGUGUGAAUUCGAUAAAAAUCGCAAGACAAUUCCGCUGCAUGGGGUCCACUUUUAUAUGCCAAAGAAGGAGAGCACGAUGCUUGCAUUAUUUGAACUCGAAUAUGGCGGCAGAGUAAGCUCCUCUCAAGCCGAAGCUUCUCUUCCCAUAGAGAAAUUGCAAGAACCGUUCCAGCUACGUUACAUGGCAUGCCGCUGUCUAAACGAAAUGGAAGCCAGACCUUGA